UGUUCAAAACAAAUACCACACCGCGGAAGGCACAAUCUUACGCAAAGUGGAAAACUAGUGCUCGGCUAGAAGUUUACCUUCCUUUCCCAAUUCGUCCUGAAUUAAAACAUACUCUCUUUACAAUAAAAGUGUGUCUCUUGCUACAGCCAAAAGAUGCCGUUCAUGAAGGGAAAAGCUCCGAUUCGGAGAACGUUGCAAUAUCUGAAUGCCGGCCAGCUGAUGCUGAAGGAUAAGGUGAAAAUCUUCAGCGUAAACUACAACACGUACGGUGAACACCACGAGGGUGCCAGGGAUUUCGUCUUUUGGAACAUUCCUCAGAUACAGUACAAGAAUCCGAAGGUGCAAGUGGUAACCUUUAAAAACAUGACCCCGUCCCCGUUCAUUCGUUGUUAUUUUGGUAUGUUAUCUUGCUUAAAUAAGACCUUGGUCAUCGACAAGAGUUGCUGCGAAUUUUUGCUUCUUCUAUCCUCAGAGAAUGGUAAACAGAUGCUGAUCGACAUUGAUAGCAAAAACAGACAGGAAAUUCUCCAGCACCUGACCACCGUGGUGGGCAAAUCUGACGCAACGUUGAAGGCGGAAGCAAAACUCGCCGAAAAGCAGGACAAUCCGGCCAACUUUGGCGUCGGCUGUAUGAAGCAUUGCAUUUGCGAAAUCCCCGGCCAAUUACCGUGCCCGGGUGUCGUACCCGUACCGCAACACAUGCGAGGAAAGUUUAAAUAUCAAAUGAAAGAAUAGUUUGUCCCAAAUUUUCCCGUAUCGGGGAUAUGCAAAACGAAAUAAAUUGUUUUAGUUUGAUAGUUUA